AUGUGUUCCUUCAUUUGUAUACUUGGUUCAGAACAACUUGCUAUAUGUAUCAGCUUCCCAUUUGGAUGCAGCAACUUACCAGCUGUGUUGAUGUCAGAAGUUGUGAAAUUAGUAACAUGCAUCGUGUUGGUUUAUUUGGAAUCAGGUGGCAUAGUAAAACUCUUUGAAGCAAUUAAUAAGCAGAUCAUCAGGCAGCCUGUUGAUACACUGAAAAUAUGUGUUCCUUCAUUUGUAUACUUGGUUCAGAACAACUUGCUAUAUGUAUCAGCUUCCCAUUUGGAUGCAGCAACUUACCAGGUGACCUACCAACUAAAAAUCCUAACGACCGCAAUGUUCUCGGUGUUCAUACUCAAGAGGGAACUUCUGCGAACUCAAUGGUUUUCGCUUCUCACUCUCAUAGUAGGAGUCGUGCUGGUUCAGCUAGCCCAGUCCGACGACAAGCAGACGGUGACGAACGGGCACGAGCAAAACCACUUAGUUGGCUUCAUGGCCGCUUUAGCAGCCUGCUGCCUUUCUGGUUUCGCCGGAGUUUACUUUGAAAAAAUGCUCAAAGGAAGUGAUGUUACCGUUUGGAUGCGAAACGUGCAGCUCUCGUUCUGUUCUAUACCGUUUGGUCUCAUAUCCUGCUAUGCCUACGACGGUGCGAAAAUCAGAGAACAAGGAUUCUUCUUCGGGUACGACAAGUUUGUGAACUACUUGAUAGUUCUGCAGGCUUGCGGAGGACUCAUAGUCGCUGUGGUUGUGAAAUACGCUGAUAAUAUUCUCAAGGGGUUCGCCACAUCUCUGGCUAUCGUUAUUUCAUGUGUGGCGUCGAUGUACAUAUUCGACUUUGAAUUGUCAUUGCAAUUCGCUCUAGGGGCAGCUUUCGUGAUAUUUUCUAUAUUCUUGUAUGGACAUACCCCGAAAAAACCUGUGAUGGCCGGGCCGUACAAGGUGUAGUACAUUCUGAAAAGGCUGCUAAAGCUGAAAAAAAUGUGAAGAUCAUUUAUUAUGAGUACGGCACUAAUAUCGUGUCCCAUUGAAAUGAC